UACUAUACGGACGUGUUUGAUAUUUCGAUCCGCGGUGUGAGUUUUAAACUCGUUUUAUUUUUCUUCGGAGAUAUUAUACUCAGCGUUUUAUUUUUUGUAUUUCAUUUUCUGUGCCCGUUGAUCGUUUUCAGUGUUGAAUAACAAAUUCUCUUCUGUUGUGUGUUGUGUGCUUUUUUUUCUUCUGUUCGGUUUGGAAUUCACGAAGGCGCGAGGUUUAAGAGUUGAAUGCUGACUUGAUGUAACGUUUUUUUUUUUGAAACAAAAUAAAAAAAAAACGAAAGCACUCGCACAAAAAAACAUUACGCCUACAUAUCCAAAUAAAAUAUUUUUUUAUUGUUUACUGUCGAAGUACGCAAAAGAAACAAAAAUUUAAUUCUAUUCACAUUUCAACACAUUUGGAAUAAAUGGUAACGACUUCGGAUGUGAACGAUGUUAUAGAUUUCAAAGACUAAAAACAAGAACCAUUAAUCUGUGUAGGGACUAACAUUAUACGUCUGAGAGUAAACGAGCCGUAUUUUAAAUUACGAAAAAAAAAAGAUCUAUAAAAUUGCAUCGACGAAAAACAAUAAAUAAAUGCAGAAGGUGUUUGUUUACAAUCCAAAUUAUUGGUUUUUAUAUUACCAUAAACAAUAAAAUUCGGAUUGAGUGUGUUUCAAUAAAAUCCGUGUUAUUAAUAUCACCAGUACUAAAUCACUGGGAAGCAUAAAGUCACCGUGUGUUUUUAUUUUAAGUUAUUAAUAGUGCAGUUUUAUUGGAAUUGCAUGUACGUAUAUGAAACGGCUGUACAAUUUUUAUUAUUAUUUAAAUAAUAUUGUCCAAUGCGAGAAAAUUGAAUUUAAUUAAGUUUCCAUCUUAAAUGACUAUUAAAAUAUCGUUGCAUAAUUUCGCAUUUUAACGAUAGAUUUGUGCAUAGUAUAUAUAUUCAUCGAAUCAAUAAAAAAAGGAUAUAAAAAUACCAUCGAGAGGAAAACUCGCUGUCAUCUUUAAGAGAAACAGGACCGAGAUCAGAACUACUAAACGGGUGACCCGGCAAAUAGGACAACUAUCAUACACAAUAUAUUGGACAUUAAUGAUAUAUAAUGUGUGUACGGCAUUUAACUCAUCAAAAUGGGUUAACUGAACCCUUAUUAUUAAAACACAGAUUUUAAUUUUUAAUGAGAUUGUGUUUCAUUCAUCAACAACGAAUCGUGAUAUGGUUGUGAAUUGGAUUUUAUGACGUUACAUAUACAAAGCGUAGCACGCGACAUUAUAACAAUAUGAUUUGGAGCAGCAGAAUUCAAUCCAUGAUCACGCUGUGGAUAUGUCUGGUAUUCCAAUUGACAUCGCACACCAUGGGCAUCGAUCCAAAAUUCGAUCCAUCAACUCGUAUGCGACUGGUGCUAGUUCCAGCUGAUGCUGCAGUCGGUUCAGUGAUUUAUCGAUUGAGAGCCACUGAUGAGGAAUUUGAUUAUCCAUUACAAUUUGAAUUAUCAGGCGAUGCAUCAUCAUCAACAGUACAAAUUCAAUCGUUGCCAUGCACCAAAUAUAAUUCGGUGUGCCAGGCGAAUGUGAUUUUAACGAGAAGACUGGAGGCAGGCAGAUAUCACGAUUUUCAAGUGUCUGUUAAAGACACAAAAGGUGGCAUGACUGUACAGAGCUGUUCGAUUACGGCAACCAAUUUCACCACACCACAUGACGUAAUUUUUCCACAUAAAGCUGCCAUAAUUAUGAUACCUGAAGAUGCUAAACGAGGCACUGAACUCGAUUAUGUAAUCGCAAGAAAAAAUCCGCUGUAUACGAAGCCGGUGUAUUUGGAAUUGUGGGGAUCACCGUUAUUCGCGAUACGACAGAAAAUUGCUUCCCCCGAAACAACAGAAGGAACCAUUCUAUUGCUGGGACCUUUGGAUUUUGAAACGCAAUCCAUGUACCAUUUGACGGUGUUGGCAAAUGAUGCGUAUGCAGAAGGGGGCCAGGAUACCAGAAACAUUGCAGGCUUAGAGGUGAUUGUUAUUGUCGAAGAUGUACAAGAUGUUCCUCCGAUAUUCACUGUGGCACCACCUGUUACCCGACUUUUACCAGGCCUUCUACCCGGCGAUAAGGUCCUCCAAGUUCAUGCUGAAGAUGGUGAUAAAGGUAAUCCACGAGAGAUUAGAUACGGGCUCGUUUCAGAAGGGAAUCCAUUUACCUCUUUUUUCGAUAUCAACGAUACUAGUGGUGAAAUAUUUCUGUUACGGCCUCUGGACGAAAUAUCUUACAUCACACACAUUGGUGAUCCGGUAUUGUUGACAAUAGUUGCCGAAGAAGUAAAAGUUACCAGAGAAGAGCCACCAGCUAUGGCAUCUACUGUUCAAUUAGCAUUUUUCCUGCCAGAACGUAGCAAUUCACCGCCUUACUUUGAAAAUGACCAUUACAUUGCACGAAUCGACGAAAAUUCUCCGCAAGGAACAGCAUUGGUAUUUCUAGAUCCUUAUGUGCCGCGAGUUUAUGACGAUGAUACCGGCAAAAAUGGCGUUUUUUCAUUAACAUUGAUCGGCAAUAAUGGAACAUUCGAAAUAACGCCCAAUGUUGCUGAACGGCGUGCCAGCUUUCUGAUACGAGUACGGGAUAAUCAGUAUCUGGACUAUGAGAAAAGGCAUUCGGUUGAGUUUCAGAUUUUGGCUCAAGAACUGGGACCAGCCACAAACUUAUCGGCUGUGGUUAAUGUUACGAUUUAUGUCAAUGAUGUCAACGAUAAUUUACCCGUAUUUGAACAGGAAGUGUAUGUAGCAGAGGUGCCAGAAAAUAUGACGGCUGGAACGAAAAUUGUUCAAGUGAAAGCAACCGAUGUGGACACAGGACUUGGUGGCAAAGUCAGAUAUACACAAAUUUUGGGAUAUCUAAACACAUCGCUGAAUUUAGAUCCUCAGACUGGCUUAAUAGUUGUAUCGACAGAUAAUCAUGGUUUCGACAGAGAACAAAUGCCCGAAUAUCAUCUAUAUGUUGAGGCUAGAGAUGAUGACGGAACUGGAAACUCCGCACAGGUUCCGUUGGUAAUAAAAGUGUUGGAUGUAAACGAUAACGCACCGAUAUUCGAAAAAUCGUUGUACGAAUUCAUACUCUUGCCGGAUCUGCGCAAUUUCACAGCACCAGCUUUCAUAAAAGCCACCGAUAAAGAUGCCGAAGAACCAAAUAAUGUCAUACGAUAUGAAAUCAUCAACGGCAAUUACGAGAACAAAUUCAGAGUCGACAAAAUCACUGGUCAACUGUCGUUAGUCGAACAAUUGACAAUAACCAAGAACCACAAACGCCGCCGGCGACAGACCGAAUCAAUCGACACAGAUGUGUUUGUAUUGACUGCCAGAGCGUAUGAUCUCGGCGUGCCGGUGAUGUUUUCUACCACUACGAUUCGAGUCUACCCUCCAGAGAGUCGCGUUAGAACGGUCACAUUUGUUGUGCCAGGUUCGAAUCCUGAUCGUAAAAAGACUGAGGAAAUUUUGUCGACUGUAACGGGAGGACGAGUCAUUAUUCACGAUGUUCGACCGUACAAUGGCUACGAUCCGCCCAGUGCUACGACUAUCGAUGGCGAUAGUAGAGAAAAGAGUGUUGUCGUUGCUACCGUACUGUACGACAGUAAUUCGGUUGUUGAUAUUGCCAAAAUUCAAAAUCGACUGUCGACAAACAAUUCAGCCAGAGCCACAGCAAUUACAACGUCUGAAGAUGCUGAGAUGGUAUACAAGGCAGAAAAUCGAGUCCUAUUUUGGUUACUCAUUUUCUUGGCAUUGGUGAUAGCACUCUCAAUAUUGACGUUGUUGUUUUGCUGUAUAUGCUCGUGGUGUCCGUUGUAUGCAGCGUCAAGAAAAAGAGUAAUUAGGGUCAAUAGUUCAGAGGACGACGUUCAUCUAGUUCAUAGAGAAUUGGGCGGUGGCAAACAGACAAAAUCUGUUCAGGUGGCGGAUUGGAUGGGAAGAAGAGAAGCUUGGUCAGCGGAACGGUCAUCGGACUCCCGAACAAAGCCAACACACUGGGAGUUUAGCCGACGAGUCAACAAUCGGCAAAAAUUACGCCACGAGCACCAUGAGCAUGAGAUAGAGCCACGUGUCCGGUCGGCUGACGAUAAACGUUCCAUUAAAAUAAGAAACAACUUAAAAGACAUCAAAUCCACCAAAGAAACACAGAUCCACAAUUCUCGAACUAAUUUGAUUAACGAUCGUGAUAUUUACGUCGAAGAUAUCAUUGAUCAGGCCGACGAACAGGACUACGUCGACAUAAAAAAGAAACAACGAAUUUCCGACCAGCAAAUUGACGACGAUUCAUUACGUCGCCACGAGAUUGAUCGUGGCAGCGACAUUGGAUACGACCAACGAAACAACAUGAAACGGCAAGUGGCCCACGAUACUGACAAUGGGACGAAUCGUGACCAUUUGUACAUCAAGGAUGGCAAUGCUGAGAUUUUACGGUUAAUAACGCGUGGCAAACAAGAAGAAGAAAAUGUUUACGUAAAUGUUCCGCCCGUCCAGCCACAACCGCAAUAUAUUAUGGUUGACAAUAGUGGCAAAGAGAUCUUAAUGCGGCGGUUCAUCGAGGAACAAGCGAACGGAAAACAAAUAAUCCGGGAACACUAUCAGAUAUUGCCGGGCAACCAAAUACACCAAUCGUUACCGAAUGAAGUGAAUCAUCCGCAGCCGAUGACAGAAUUGUACGUUACCAAGUCCCAAGCUCCCAGCGUAAUCUACUCACAAAAUGAUCCAAACUUUGAUUUGAAACUGCUGGGCUCACAAAAUCUACUCAAGUCCGAUCAAGCGCAAAUCGACACACAACGAACGUACAACAUACCGAAUCAGUCAGCCGUACACCAAGAACUGGAAACAUCCCUGAAACAACAGAAUGCUUUGCUGCGACAGAUUUUGUUGGAGAAAGCAAAACUGGAGGAGAAGUACAGCCAACAAGAAGUGGCUUUGGAAACACAGAGUCUUCCUGGCCACGCGAUGGCUAUUGCAACACAAACGGAUUGCGAAACGGGUACCCAAACCGACGAGCCGUAUAAUAUGAAACCGGAACGACGACGUGCUAGAAGUGAAAAUGAUGAUUCCAUGUCGGAAAGUGACUACGAAUACAUUCGAUACAGUCCACCAAACAGUCCAGAGGGUGUGUACUGGAUCAAGCGCAAACGUCACAAAAAGAAAUCGAAACAUAGAGAUGCCAUUAAACCGAGGCGUCGGGUUGUCAUGGUUGAGGAAAUAAAGCGCAAGAUUCGAACUCCAAUUGAAGAGGAAAAUGAGGAUCAACGAUCACCCAUCAAAAGUAGUCAGACAAAGUUGAACAUUUUCAAACGACUUAAAAAGGACGGAGGUCUAAAGCGACGGGAAGUAUCUGCCAAAUCGGUUGCACUGAAGAAGGAUGUCCUAAUGGGGAUAUCUGAUUCGUUGGAUGAACAAACAAGCCCACUGGGACUGAGUAAGAAAAAACACAUCCAAAAGAUACACCAGAAGCACGUCGAGUAUUUUGAUGAUUCCGACGACCAGUCGGAUGACGAUGAUCCGUUCGGAAAUGGCAAUUACUCGGGCGAUAGUUUAGAGAACUACUCGGAAAUCGAGGAGUCACGAAUUCGCCGAAGUUCGAGUCGAAUAUCGAGAAACAAGGCAAUGCUGCGUAGAGGUUCUUCCAUUGAUAUUAGGGAUGUUUACAAUAAGGACGAGGAUUACAUCAAAUACAUUUCGGAUAGCAUUGCUUCGACCCCAGCCAUUCGGCAUAGACUGUCACGGAAAGAUAGCGGGAAAAGUGAUCCCGACGCUAAACGCAAAUUGAAACGGGAUUCUGCGUCCGAACCACCCAUCCAUCGGUCGACUAAAAGACCAGCUCCAAAGGCUCCCACAUCGAAAUCAACAAAAAUUGCCUCCACCGACAAAUCUCGAUCCGAAACGGAUAUUGUGAAAAAAAUGGAUGAGGAGACGACAUCACGCAGUGUCCCCAAGUACAUGGAGUGGUAUUACAACAAGAACAGAGAAAGUGAUUCGGAAAAGAAGCGACUGGACAGUUAUCGGUUGGAAAAGGAGAAAAGUAAAAUUUCCAAUAAGAAAAUCAUUGGAUCGACAGAAAAGCGAAUCAAAUCGAAGGCUCCAAAACAGGACGGGCAACCAACAAAACCAGAACCAUUACCACGAUCGAUGCCAUCCAAGGGACUUCGAAUGCUGAAAGAAGACAUCGACAUGAACAAGACUCACAACCCGAAAAUCCAAACUGACGCCAACCAUCCGUUGUUACAAUAUUCGGAACACCGGUACGAAUAUGAAUACAAUCCAGCUCCCGAAAUUCCCGUACCACCAACCAAACUUCCACACUACAUUUACCCGGAAACACCACCGCAACACGGAUCCGGUGAUGCUAAGCCAAAAGCUAAACCACCGGCGAAACCAGCCCGACCAUCGCCGAUCAAAGAAAACGAAGUCACAACAGCCAGUCACAAAGUAGUGAUUCCAAUCGAAUCCACCGAAAGCCAGCCGAAUCAGUCAAAACAAUUGAAUGCUUCCACAUUGGAAGAUGAUUUAGAUUCUGGCAUUGCCAUGAAUUCGUUGCUGAAUAGUAUGGGACGACGGAAUCCAAUUGCGGAUAAAAAGAGCGUUUUCACCAUUGCCUACGAUGAUGUGAAAGUGAAAAAGAUUCCAUCCGAAAGUGAUUCGCCACAGUUUUCGUGAAUCCAUUUAGGUUUUGUGUUUGUUUUAGUUCCAAAAUUGUUCUUUGGUGAAGGAAUUGCAAUGACUCAUCACUUGGGGGAUGUAGCCCUUGAAUAAGAAUUCGCUCAGAAUUACUCCACGAAAAUGUAGCGGAUCUUUAUGGUUGUAGAUGACUGAGGUCUCGUUUUCGUAAGAAACUUUCUCUAACUGCUAUCGGGAAAUCUGGCACACGGUGCCAAAAGACCACAACUUUUAAACUACGUAAAAGAUGAACUCGCACA